AUGAUGCCUAGUAGGCCAACCAAGAAAAUGAAGCAUGAACCACUUGAAGGAUUUCUUAAAUGCAUUGGUGGAAGCAGUUCAAAUAAUCAAAAGCAGAAGGAAGAUCCAGAAUUACCAUUGUUUGACAAGGGGACAAUUGCCCAUGCAACAAAAAAUUUUUGCAAUACGAACAAGCUUGGGGAAGGUGGUUUUGGAUCCGUCUGUAAGGAUCUGUUAAGGGAUGGACAAGAAAUAGCAGUAAAGAGGCUAUCAGAGAAUUCGAAACAAGGUCUUAAUGAGUUCAAAAAUGAAGUACUACUUAUUGCAAAGCUGCAGCACCGAAAUUUAGUGAAGCUUCUUGGUAGCUGUAUUGAAGGAGAUGAAAAGAUGUUGAUCUAUGAAUUUAUGCCUAACAAAAGCUUGAAUUUCUUUCUUUUUGAUCAAGCUCAAAGCUUGUCCCUGGAUUGGCCUAAGCGCUACAACAUCAUCAAUGGAAUUGCUCGUGGACUCCUUUAUCUUCAUCAAGAUUCCAGGCAAAGAAUAAUUCAUAGAGAUCUGAAAGCUGGUAAUAUAUUACAAGACAGUCAACUGAACCCAAAAAUUUCAGCCUUUGGCCUUGCUAGAAGUUUUGGAGAAAAUGAAACCAAAGAAAAGACCAAGAAAGUGGUGGGAACAUAUGGUUACAUGUCUCGAGAGUAUGCAAUCGAUGGGCUCUACUCAAUUAAAUCUGAUGUUUUUAGCUUUGGUGUGUUGGUGCUAGAGAUUGUUAGUGGCCAAAGAAACAGAGGAUUCACACAUCCAGAUCACCACCAUAACCUUCUUGGGCAUGCCUGGAAGUUAUAUGCUGAAGGGAAGUCCGUGGAACUGAUUGCUGCACCAAUUAGGGACAACAUCUAUCUAUCUGAAGUUCUGAGAUCAAUCCAUAUAGGUCUAUUAUGCGUGCAACGGAGUCCAGAAGAUAGGCCAAGCAUGUCAAAUGUGGUCCUGAUGCUUGGUGGUGAAAGUCCUUUGCCUCAGCCUAAACAACCAGGUUUUUUCAGUGAAAGGGAUCUAGUUGAAGCUAGUGCCUCAUCAAGCUAUCAGAAACCAUGUUCAUAUGACGAAUUCACCAUUACACUAAUGGAAGGAAGAUAA